AUGGUGGCGAAGAAACCUGGGCGGCGGAUUUAUGAGGAAGAGGAGCCAGCUCCGACAUUUGAUGGUGCUCCGAAAUCUAUCUGGAUCAACAAGGCUGUGCGCGAGGGUCCGGGGGAGCAGAGAGUGGGAGCUGCCAAUGCUCCUAACCAGCGGGAGAAAAGGAUGGUACAGGAGAGGCCAAGGGUGGAGAGGCGGCUGGAGCGGGAGAAUGGGGGGAAAAGUACUCACCUGCCUGCUGCCAUUUCUAAAACUGCUAUGCGUAAUAGUCCCCGAGGCUUUGCUGUUGCGAAGUCGCCGAGGCUGCGGUCGGGGCAAGGAAGCAGGCGGGAGCUGCUGGCCAAACCAAUUCGGCAGGGGAAGGGGGAAAUGAGCCGACCUCGUGCGGCUGUGAAUCCUGAUGGGAAACAGAACCGACCGAGAUUGAGGAAGGCAGGGGCGGAAUUUCAACAGGUGCUGGAAGGGGCGGCGGAAACCAGAAGAAGGCGAUUGAUCCUUGAUGCGGAUCAGAUGAUGAUUUUGUUUGGGACAAUGAAGCUGGGGAGGAAUUGA